GAGAGAGAGAGUGAGACUCCAGCUAGCCUACAUAUAGGUGGUAUGAUUGCAUUUUCAAUUUCUCAUCUAUAAAAUCUUCUCUUCCUUCCCAUCAUUUCUACUCUACCCAUUCAUUUAAUAGAUAUAGAAGUGUGUAGAAAUGGCCAGUUCCUCUGUUCCUAAAAUAAAAACUAUUUGUGUUUUUUGUGGAUCCAAUCCUGGGAAAGAAAAAGAGUUUUUAGAAUCAGCAAAUCAUCUUGGUCGGGUACUAGCUGAGAGAAAGAUUCAUUUAGUGUAUGGGGGAGGUAGCCUUGGGUUAAUGGGGAGUGUUUCAAUAGCUGCAUUUUUAGGAGGCAGUCAAGUUUUGGGGGUCAUCCCCAAAGCUUUAGCCGAAGGGGACAUCAUUGGAAAAACAGUCGGAGAGGAACUACAGGUCUCCACAAUGUCUGAACGACUAUCUGUAAUGUUUAACCAUGCUGAUGCCUUUAUUGCUUUACCAGGUGGUUUGGGAACUUUAGAAGAGAUAUUUCAUAUUUCAUCUUGGGCUCAGCUGAACAUUCACCAGAAACCUAUAGGUUUGCUAAAUGUUAAUGGUUUUUAUAAUACUUUACUGUCUUUUCUUGAUCAUGCUGUGGAACAACAAUUUCUAACAUUUUCAGCGCGACAAAUCCUCAUCUCUGCUGCUACUGCUGAACAAUUGAUUGAUGAACUUCAAUCUUUCAUCCCUGUAGUUGAUUCCUCUAUGAGUCGACUUAAUUGGUCAAUCACGGAACGCCGUAAAAAGCUUAGAUUGGAUUUGAGCCUUAGUUUGUGAAAUAUUGUGUCUUUUGGUUUUAUUAAUGGUAUAUUAUUUGUGUUUUGUUGUUUCUUGUAUUUGUUUAAGUGUGUUUCAGGUUUGUCAGUAGUCGCUGUUUCAGGUGAUGUCUUCUAUACUCUAUCUUUCUACCUUACAACAUUGAGGACAAUGUCUCGUUUUGGUUGGGGGGAGAGGGUAGUAGUUGAUAUUACUAGUUGAUAUUACAAAAAAAAAAAAAUUAUUAACUAACUGUGUUUUCUAUUAUUACAACCAUUUGCAAACCUGUUGUUACUAGGAUGGCAGAGUAAAGGAUGAACUUUAGUGACUCUUGAGACGCAUCUUAGUAAACAUUCUUAACAAGGUCUAUUAUAAUACUUCUUGAAAUAUUCAGAUUUACAAACUCUCGCAUUGUUAUCACUUAAUUCUGCUCAUAUACUUAUUUAACAAGUAUUCUUAAACCUUUAUUUUCAUACACACACUUUAACAUAUGAUUGUGGGUUGCAUAUUGGAUUAUUACAUUAUUUAUGUUCUUUUGUUAAAGGUAACAACUAAGGGAAAGGGACAGUAUAUAUAUAUAUAUAAAAAAAAAACAAAAACAAAAAAAAAACAAAAAAAAAAACAAAUAAAUAAAUAAAAAAGUAGAUAAGUUUGGUUUCGUAGCCUCCUUGACUUAAGCAAUUAAGCCCGAAGGGGUGUUUUAACACCUAGUACCCUAAAGUCAACUGACUUGGGAGCUAUUGGCCCAGUGCUUGUUACAUGGGUUAAGGAGAAAAGCUUAAGGGAAUCAAACAUUGCACUAUCUACGUGUCAGUAUCUGCAACCCGAGUUACUAAGCUCGUAGGGGUGUCUCAACACCUGAUGCCCUAAGACCAACUGGUCUGGGAGUCAUUAGCUAAAAGCUCGUUACAUGGGUUCAAGAUACAUUGUAUUAUAAAUUCUUGCUUUCAAAAAAAAAAAAAAAAAAAAAAAAAAAAAAAAACAAAAGAGAUAAUAAUCCCAACCCAAGGAAGUUAACCUUAAACAUUGGAACAAAAAUUUUGUUUUCUUCCAUGAAAAGCUCCAUAGCUAUGUUUUGAUUUACUGAGCACAAAAAGAAGGUUUAUUAAUAUCUUGUUUAAGAAGUAUGAAGCAGAUAUAUAAAUUUAAUGAGAGUUUGUUUAUUUGGAUAGAUUAAUGGAAGUUAAAUGAUGAAUACCUUGCUUUGUGGAACUUGCAAAUUGUUUUUGUAUUUUAACGCUUUGAUUACUAGGGACUAGUAAUAAGCUGGUUGGGGGGUGUGAUUAGUACUUAAAAGUGCAUUCUCAUUAAGGCUUUAUAUCAUCGUAUUGCACUAAAGUAUCGUUAAAUUCCCUAACUAAAGCAUGUUUUAUAAUAACAAGUCUAAUAAUAUAAUAUAUCUUUAAUUUAUGGUAAAUGCUUGUUUUGAAUGCAGGUAUAUCUCACAAUUCAAAGGAUUGAUUGCUGUGAUUAACAAUUGAAAGUGAAGAGACAAAAAGAGGACUAGGCUAAGAGAAGAGAUGCUGGUUCAAUUCCAAACUGGAACACUAUUCGGUUAUUUGAUCAUAACUGGAGUUGUAGAACUCGGAUUUGGGUCCACUUUAUAUGGAUGGAAAGAUAAGACAUAGACCUAAAACUUUCAUGAAGGGUCCAAAACUCAAUUCUGCCGUUUCCAAGUUCAAAUAUUAGCAACAACGGAGAAGUCGGAACCUGUCCUGCAGCUCAAACACUGUUCGGUUUUCAGCUCAUAUCUUGAGUUCUAGAAGUCCAAAUGAGCUCUGGUUUUUUUUGCUGGAAAGCUGAGACAAUUGCCCACAGCUUUCAUGGAACAAAGGGCUCAAAUUCUGAUGUUAGCAAUGACGUUUUGGCCAGCCAACAAUAUCAAAAAUCUGCCAACAAUUUCAAGAACCAGCAGCCAAUAAUGUCAAAAACCAGCCACCAAAUCAAUGGUUGGCCACCAACUAUUUCCUUAGUCCACCAAGCAAUAGUUCCACAUCUUAGCCUAUAAAAGGAGACAUUUGCCAUGUAUUUAGUCAUCUUGAUUUUCAGAUCAAGAUCAUGUUCUUGCUUUCUCUCUUUAUAUCUUUGUAAUGUUCAAGUUUUCUUUCAUGUUAUAUUAAUCUCUUGUUUAUGCUUUUUCAUUUCCUUUCCUAUAAUUAGUUAACUUAUAUCAUGUUUAUGUUCUUAUGUUGUUUAUUUAUGUUUUUCUUCUUCAUUAUGUUUAGCUAAGUUAAUUAUGUCAAGGUGAAAAGGUUUUACUAAUGGUGUUAGAAUAUGUAUAAUAUAAACUCAACACGGACUUUAAUGUUUAUAUUCAAGAAAAAUUGUUAUUAGCAUGUCUUAUCUUUUUAUCUUAAUAAUCCUUAAUACCUUGCUUGUUAAAUGGUUAAUCUAGAUUUGUGUUGUAUAACACUUGGUACAUCAAAUGCUUGAUCCUUCAUAGUUUUCGGCCGACAUCGUUGUUAUGAUAGGAACUUGAUUUGUUGUUAACAUAAGCUAGCAACAUGAAUGCCUGAUGAUAUUUAUAAGUAUGGUGUUACUUAGACAAGAUAAUUAAUAUGAUCAUGUUAAUACUUUAUAAUGAGCCAUUAAUGAUAAAUCAUCCGAUUAGAACCUCCUUUGUGUGUGGUUUCUAGUUGAGUAAUAAAAAGAGUUUAUAUUAUAUUUAUUUGAAAUACCAUUAGUGAAUUCUCUAACCUUGACAUUUGUUUUUAUCAUUGUUUAAUCCUUACAUUAAUCUCCCAUCUCAAAGUUCUCAUUAAUUUCUUCCUCUUCUUCUUUUUAUUAUUAUUACUACUACUACUACUACUACUAUUAUUAUUAUUAUUAUUAUUUACAUUCUUGUUAUAUGUUAUGUACGUUAAGUAUGCUCUGUGUUUGAUCAAGGAUCCUGACAUUGUUGGUCUUGCCUUAUUCAUUCGCAUCAGAAAUCUGUUUAUAUUAUAUAAUAUAUCUCUUUGAUCUUUUCAUAAAAUCAGUAUAUAGGCUGGAAACCUGUGACCCGAUCUUUUAGAUCAUUCUCAGGUAUAACAACGCCACGUACUGAGUAUUAUUAUUAUUAUUAUUAUUAUUACUAUUAUUAUUAUUAUUGUUAUUAUUGUUGUUGUUGUUGUUGUUGCAUUGUUAUUUAUAAUUUAUACAAUUAACCUCUCUGUGGUUCGACCCCGGUCUUGCCGGGUUAUUUAUUACUUCGACACUCCUGCACUUGGGAGAAGACAUCAAUCUUUUGGUCGUGUCAACCACCAUUCCCCAUCUGGUACAAGCCCGAGCUGACUUGCGAGUACCAUACUGGUAUUCCCGGGCAUGGUCUUGAAACGUACUACGAUUUCAAGAAAAGGUUGUUGGAGUUCAUCAAGAUAGGAUGAGUGUCAUUUGAAGACACACCCAACAUCAAUUCAAAUCCAUUGCUUGGUCAUGACGCAAAUAAUAAUGGAUAAAGGGUUGGAAAACCUUGGUCAAGAAUUGUCAAUAAGGAAGAAGGUGAGAUCGAAGGAGAUGACAAGAAAACACAGGUGGGGAAGGAGGAUGAAGCACUGCCACGACUGACUAUCCACACAUUUGAAUAAGCCUCCGCCAAGACCUUGUGCGCAAGUUGGCUCAGAGUGAGAAGUUUCAGAACGGGGUGACCCAAGAAGCUCCUGUAGUUUUUAAAAUGUACACCAACUUUGUUUGCCUUAGCAUGCUUUUGUCAUUGCUUGUAUUUUCUCUAAUUGACAACUAAGGCUCAUGAUGUUAGCUAGAUUUUGUGUUUGUCUUUGAGCCCACCUUUUCUUUAAAUAAAUGAUGAGAUUAUGCGUUUUUUAAACAA